CAAGUGAGGUAAAGCUCCUGUCAGCCUAAUUUUACACAACAAAAAGAAGAUUAUCUUCUAAAUCUUUUUGAUUCCAUUAAUUUCCGGUGAAAUUUGGCUGGUAAACUGGUAAAACAAUCAUUGGUAAGAACUGAACUAACCAAACUGCUUCAUUCUUGCAGCAAUUUUUUUGUGUCCUUGGUAACGGAGUUAGGACGUGUCUAUUUAAAUUGCAUUUCACAGGUCUACCUUAGAUUAACCGUCUAGCAAAAUGAGUAAAGUAUUAUUCAUUGUACUAAUAGGAUGCCUUGUUUUCAAAAUAUUGGAUAUCGCCUACAUCUUCUACCGUAACAGCAAUGAAAUUCAUACUCCAUUAUUCAGUUUACCAAAUCUUGAUGAACUGGAAUUAAGCCCACGUGAUCAUUUUGUUUAUCCCGAGGAGGAAGAAAGAUUCAACUGGGAGCAAAUAUUGGAGCCAUGUAAAAGCGAUUUGAAAUGGAAAUUUAGGACACCACAGCAUCAAGAAAACCAGCGUAGGACAAGUGCCAUUGACAGUGUUAUAGUUUACUUAGAGGUCAACCCGGCAGGUUAUUACAGUAAAUUUAUUUUGCAUACAAAAACAAGGGAUGGGAAAGCGAAAUCAGUAGGGGGAGAUUCAUGGAGAGCGUUUUUAACGGGAACAGCGGAACAAAGUGGCAUUGUUUAUGAUAACAAUGAUGGUACCUAUGAGAUUUGGUUUUUUAUAGCUGAGCCUGGCAACUAUGAAUUAAAUUUAGUUCUUGAUUACUCACUAUGCGAUGGUUUAAGGGAUCCACCGGAUAGAUGGUUUGAGAAAGGAAAUUACCAGGGAAAAUUUCAAGAAGAUGGAAUCCUUGGGUAUCUUGAUGACUUUUUAGUAGAAAGAUCCUUACCUGUGCCUUUCAAAGUAAAUAGCCAGAACGAGUUUAAUGGAUCCAAACCAGAAAGAAGUAAACCUAGGUACUCAAAUAUCAAAAUACCAUGUCCCAAUACCAGUUAUUGCAAUCUUUCGUGCUUCUUUGUUUGGGAUGGGUAUGGAAGAUGGAAAAACAAUGGCGGAAAAUACAGCUGGACGCCUAACUUGCCAGUUUUGAAUCCUGCAAAAUAUAAUUCAAAGCCCAAGCUUGAGACGCUAUGGUUUCUUGGAGACUCGUUAACCUAUCGUUUCUGGGAUUCGUCUUAUACCAGAGUUCUUUGUAGACAAGCUUUUAAAAAAUGCAGCAAGACUUACACAUGGGUAUACAAGAUUGACAAUAGAGGCGAGCCAAGAAAACCUAUAAAUGUUGGUCUGCAAUUUAAUCAAACUCGUUUCUUCGAACCUCUUCGUGAUAUACUUAGUAAGCCUGAAAUGCAGACGAAUCGAAGUGUUUUGGUCAUAAAUUUUGGGCUGCAUAUUAUCACGAGCCUAAAUUUUAGUGUGUACCAAAAUCUGUUAGAUGAAUUCGUUCAUAUUCUAGACCUAAAUAGAAGCCAGAGAAAUCAUUCCAGCAGCCCUCGUAUUAUAUGGAAAACAACCACUUUAACACACAUAGAGAACACAAAAGUAUGGAACCGGACGUAUUCAAGAUUUAUGACAAAUCACAGAAUCUCACUGUUUAAUGCUUACGCAAAUCAGAGGCUAUGUUCUGCCGGCGUAACUAUCUUCGACAUUUUUCCAAUAUCUGCUUCAUAUUACAAGGGAACUAAAGAUCAUGUGCACUAUGAAUACUUUGUCUUUGAGCCUGCUGAAGACAGUUUAGCAGAUUUUGUUUGGAAAAAAUAUAACACGUAAAUUGCAAUCAUUUUUACAAACUUAGUGACAACCCUGUGUAACAAACCCGACGAAGAUUUCUUUCAGGGGGGAUAGCAGGUAAAUAUGACAGGGGACAGAAGAAUUUGCUUUGGACUGGCAGGGGAUGGGUAAAACUUGCAAUCAUGUUGGCAGCACUAGGCAUCAAAUAGGUGUAUUUAUUUAUAACUCUAGAACACCCCCCCACAAUGUUGUGUUGUGUUAAAACGAGAUCUGAAAGCAGACAAAAAAUUUUGGCUUGCAGGGGAGGUUGGGAAAUAUAAAAUAUCCUAGGUCUCUCCUAAAGGGGACUCCCGAUCAGAAGAUUUCUCAAAAAGAACGGUUUUCACCGGGUUUGCUAUACAGGGUGUAUCAAUUUAAUCAAUU